CACGAGGAAUUGAGCCCUGCUGCACGUGCAGCCAUUUGUGGUGCGGUCGUAGCUGGGGUUAGCCAAUGCACCGUGGUAGCCGUGUUCGGCGUAUCGCAUACUAUUCAACGCUUUACAACUACUAUAUCCUUCGAUUCCAAGCUGAGGAUCGGCCGGCCUUAGGUCCUUACUCGACGAGAGAAGCAGUAUAUUGUCCAGGUAGCCAAGCGCAAUACCCGGCUUAUAUAUAAACCGCUCCUUAAGGUCCUAGACCAGAAGGUGUCAAGCUCGACAGU